AUAAUAUUUUUAGGACACCAUUACAAACGGAUACGGAGAUAGGAAGUAGUAUUUUUAAUAAAACAGAAUAUGCACAGUCUCAACUUGUAAAGUUUGUUAAUAGGUAGGAUAAAGAUGGUAUGUCUUCUUUAUAUUAUACUGCUGAACAAAACAAAUGGAAUUUGUGUUGUAUUCUGUUGUUGAACGGGGCUGAUAGUAAUGCACUAAAUGAAGAAAAACAAAAGAAAAUACUGUUAUAUGCUGCGGACGAGUCCAGUUCUGCCUAUGCAAAUCAGUACCAUAAAUUGUGGCCAGUUGUUGGUUUAUUGUCAAUUAAAGUUCCUGAUGCAGCUCAUAACUUUAGUGAAGAUUACGAUUAUCCUAGGUUGUUAUCUAGCUUUUUCGUACAUGGGCAUACGAAGGUAAUAGAUGCGUUAUUGGGAGUCAUCGCAGAUGAAGAAAAAAAGAAAAGAAUUCUUAACAAAUCAGAUAAUAGCAGUACACCUUUGGAUCGAGUUAACGGCAGUAAAGAACUUAGUGAUAGUGAUCAUUUACAGGCAAUAAAAUAUUUACUAGCAAAUGGGGCUACAAAGGCUACAAAUAAUGAUUAUGUUAGUUCUACUUUGCUAUCGGCUGCAUCACAAGGUCACAUCGCGACAUUCAAACAUAUGGAAAACCAACGACAUACGAAUGAUUUCCAUACUUAUAUUGUCAUGGCCACUAGUAGGAAUCGUUUAAAUAUUGUUAAACAUUUAUGGAACUACUAUCGUGAGUUUACUACUACAGAUUCUGGCAUUACUGCGUUGCACUAUGCAGCGGAGCGUGGAAAUUUAAAAAUUAUUAAAUAUUUCUGUAACAACGGGGCAAAUGUUAACAUCGCUGCUAGGGAUGGCAGAACUCCUCUGCACUAUGCAGCUGAAGCAAAGAGACUGGAUGUAAUCAAAUAUCUAGUAAGCAAAGGGGCAAAUGUUAACAUUUCUGACAACGAUGGAAUGACUGUGUUGGACUAUGCUUCAAAACAAAGUAGUUCCAAUGCUGUACGUUUUGUAUCGUUCCAAAAGAAUGAACUGGGUACAAUAAAAUAUCUUAUAACGGAGUGCAAUGCUAAUUUUGGAGGAGAUGCUCAUAUAAAUAUUGCUACAGCGAGAACAAUUUUAAACCUAAAUGCAGCUGAUCAAGAUAGUCAAAAUUUACUACAUCUAGCAGUUCAAUCUGGAGAGGCACUCUUAGUAAUACUGCUACUUAAACAAGGAGCUAAUGUAAAUGCCAAGAACAAUGACGGUAGAACGCCUUUACAUUUAGCUUUAGAGCAGAAUUUGACUGAUAUUGCAAGAUUACUAUUACAGUACGGUGCUAUGUACGAUGCACGCGAUAAAAAUGGCAAAACACCUCUUGAUUUAUUACAUUUACCUGUUGUUUUGGCCGAAAACCGAAUUGAUUGGAUCGAACCAAUUCGAAUUGAUGAGUUAUUGAACAUGAUUGACAGCUUAUUCCAUAGUAAAAACUUGAUGCAGGAUGUAAAAGAUAAAUUGUUGAAAGAAAGAAAACUUGGUGGCCUGUGGCAUCCUGAUGUAUAUGAUUCAAAGAACCCUAUGAUUUUUAUUCUUAACGCUCGAAAUGCCCAAGGAAGAACUUUAUUACACGUAGGUGCCGAUCUAAAUGAUUUUGCAGCAAUUGAAUGUUUAUUGAAAUUUAACCAAGAUUAUGUCGGUAUAAGGGAUCACUUACACCAUGCCAAAGAUUAUCGUUCCAUGGAUUUAACGGCAAAAGAUUCUCGAGGAGAUACGCCAUUGCAUUGUGCAGCACAGCAUGGAAAUAGAGAAAUAGUUGCUCUCCUUUUAAAAGAAGGGGUGGGUUUUAAUAUUGAAAAUAAUCGAGGCUAUAGCCCUGAGAAUCUUGCUAGGAUUAAUAAUCAUAAUGAUGUUGUUGAGUUUCUUCAAUCAACUAGAGACUUAUUUAUUGCUAUAGAAAAAAAUCGAAUGCAAGAGGUUGAAAGCUGUAUCAGUAGAGGAGCAAAUAUUGAUGCUAUAGAUAAAGAUGGUAAAACACCAUUUCAGUUGGCUGCAAGGAAAGAUCAUGUAGAGAUUGUUAAUAUAUUACUAAAAUAUGGUGCAACUUUUACUGUUGAAGACAUACAAAAUGAAGCACUAGAUGAAUUUGAGGAGAAACAAAGUAUCAAUUUAUUAUAUGCAAUCAAUAGAACUUUCAACUGCAUACAGAGGAAUGAUCCUAAGUCAGUUAUUGAUUACUUACAGAAGGUAAAACUUUAUAAUGUUGAUUGCCUCAGCGCUGUUAUUAACACUCGUGAUAAUCAAGGUAAUACACUUUUGCAUUACGCUGUUCAAGAGGAUUAUUUUGAUGUUAUACAAUUUUUAUUACAAAACCAAGCAGCUUAUGAUGUUACAAAUGCACAAAAUAAAACUCCUGUAAGUCUUGCUCUUCAUCGAGAUAUUAUAAAUUUACUAGAAUUUAUCGAUCGAUUGUACUCUGAUAAAAGUGAUGCAAGUAUGGUUCAUGACAAUAUGAAACUUAUUCACAGUUUGAAGGAGAUAGAAGCGGAUCAUGAAACGUUAAGCAUUAUUACCAAUGUCCGUAAUACUGAUGGCCAAACAAUGUUACAUACAAAUUCAAAUAAUUAUAUACUAAAGUUUUUGGUGAGGAAUGGAGCUAAGAUUAAUGCUGUAGAUAAAGAUGGUAAAACACCACUGCAUUUUGUUGCCCAUAAAGGUAAAUUAGAGCUUGCAAAAUGGUUGAUAGAGCAUGGAGCUGAUAAAAUUGCCAAGGACAAUUAUGGUAAUACUGUCCUGCAUGAAGCUGUCUCUUCUGGACAGUUGGAUCUAAUUACAUGGUUGGUGGAAAAACAAGGAGCUAAUGUUGAUACAGAAAAUAAACUAGGCCACACACCGAUAUCUAUAGCAAAACAAAACGAUUAUAGAAAUGUUGUUAAUUUUUUGCUGGAGUCCUUCAUAAGAUAUCAAUGUUCAAGCAAAGAAAUAAAAGAUUCGAUGGAGCCCCCAAUCAAACGACUUAGAACAGAGCAGGAAGGUGAUUCGAUAUCAUUUUCGGGUAGUUCAGCAAGUGGUUCAGGUUAUAGCUCAGGUCCUAGUAGUACGAACGCUAGUCGUAGGAAGUGGCCCGUAUGGCGCUGCACAGAACAGGAAGAAGUAAUGGACAAGCCAAAGGCUGUGAAAAGUGCUAAUUGGUAUAAGAUGGCGUUCAGACUGUUGCUGGUUGUCGGUAUUAUUAGAAUUAUUAGAAAAUUAUUAGAAUAA